AUGCCUCAAAUUCUCGACAGUCAGUUAUAUAGCGACUAUCGGGGUCUAGUAUCAAUCACAGAAAACGGUAAAGUAUGUCAGGCAUGGACAUCGCAAUCCCCCCAAUCUCACUCUAUCGCUAUCGAUGCGGAAAAGGGUAUAGGGGAUCACAACCUAUGCCGAAACCCGGACAGCUCAGUAUCCCGACCAUGGUGUUACACCACUGAUCCAAAUACUCGCUGGGAGUUAUGUAAUGUUGCAGAGGCAGGAACAUCAUGCCCGCUAGCUACAGGCACGAACGUUAUUGACAUGGGUGCAGUCGAAAUUUUCGAAAUUGGCUCGAACAGUAUGACUUCGUGGUAUACCUCUAAAGUUCUACAGACUAUGACAAUGAUCUCUGCCGGCAAACAUGAUACCGACAUUCUACAGCCAGUAAGCACGCUCGUCUCAGUAGCAAGUCACAGUUUUCAUGACGAAGUAAACGCUUUAACAUUCACGAUGUACAUUUAUCCAAAUGGAAAUUCUUCAGGCGAAAUUCUGAGCGCAUGUAACGGUAAUACACGGCUUAGAGUUGAGCAGACCUAUUCUAACGAGCUCUUGUACCGUUCAGAAGUCACAGUCUUCUACGGUGACCAACAGUUAACACGAGCUCAUGUGUUGCUACCUGAGGUUUGGACGUUCCUUGCUAUUACAUUUGAUGGCACAAGGAAGACCAUCAAACUCUGGAGAAAUGGAGAGAUCGCCAGUAUAGGUUUUACCGAUUUUAACAGCUUUGGCUUAAUGUCUAUCGAUGAAUUGCAGCUGGGAAGUUCCAACGGCGAUUUAUUUGCUAAAGUAGCCUUGUUGCAGGUGUACGAUCGUGUAUUGAAUGAAGCAGAAAUUAAAGCGAUAAAAGAUACGGCGUUUGUCGACAAUUGGUUAUUUGAUGGACAAGCUAAAUUCACCAAGCUGAAAACAUCAUUUAGACUUACGGGACCGCAACUACAUGAAGGUACCGAAUCGCUGACAGUCUGUUCUCGGACAUGUUUACAACGCGCGUGUUGCCAGGCAUUUAGAUUUUCACAUGGAAGUAACUCAUGCACCCUCAUAUCGACAUUCGAAAUAACGGACAGUUUGCCAGAAGAAUCGGAUGUUGAAUAUUACAAGAAAGAUUACCACUCAUAUCUAUCUUUGAAACAAUGUUGAAACAAAUUCUACAAACGUCAAAAUACGGUGGCAGAUUGUACUUUGGACCUUUAAGCAGUAUGUACGAUGUAUAUCGAGCAUAUUAAAACGCUAAACUUGUAAAUCCAUGUCAUUAUAUAGAUCUGUAAUUAUAUAUAUAAAUAUAUGGUUUUUCAUUCAAAGAUCAAUGUAUUAUUUUGUUAUGUUUACAAAUGAACCUGUUAGUUCAGUCACUUUUAAUUUUCGAGCCCUAUAAGCAAAGAAGUGUAUAUUUAUCGCAUUAAGUUGAUAACCUUAUGUACAUAAAUGCUGGAGGAUUGUUGGUGUCAGGAACGAAUGUAUGCAUUUAUAAUGAUGAUUUUUCUUAUUACUUUGCUAAAUUAAUUUUUAAGUGUGGUAAGACAACGGAUCAUACGUAUUUAUGUAUGUAGGCCUAUGUGUCGAGCAUAUAAAACGGUAAACUAUAUUCGACUUUUGUGUAAACAAAUUAUACUUAUUAUAAUUAUUAAUUAGACCUUCGCUUUUGUAUUUUUAUUAACAAUUGUGAACAAAUAACUGUAUUGCAUGUAUUUACGGUAAUAAACUAAGAAUAAUCCAGGCUAAUAGGGAGUUUUCGCUGCACGACGUUAACCUUAACGUUAACGGAUGACGUCAAAAUUUAUUCAUCUUGCGUUGUGGAGUACGUUAAUUUCAGAAUUUUACGUGCUCGACGGGGACGUUAGAUACGGGUUUGCGCAUGCGUACUUCGAUUGGUUUACAAAAGGGGCGGAGUUAUCGCGUUGCGAGUUGGUUACUAACGUUAAAGUUAAGGUUAACGUCGUGCGGCGAAAACUACCUAAUAGUAUAGCAGGAAGAAUUUGAUUUAAUAAUUAUCCAUGUCUUUAUAAUAUAGGUAUGUAAUUGUUCAUAAAUAUGAUAUAUAAUAUAUGAUAUUUCUUUUAAACAUAAAGUUAUUGUUUUGCUAUGUUCACAAAUAGCAUGUUUCUUCAGUCGCUUAUAAUUUUAUCAGUCCUAUAAGUGUAUAUUACUUAUUUAUAAGUUGAUAACAUGUAUUCUGUACAUAAAUGCUGGAGGAUUGUUGUUUUCAAAGACCAAGUGUCAGGAAUGAAUGUAUUCAUUUAUAUUGAUGAUUUUUUUCUUCAUAUUACUUUGUUAAAUUAAUAUAAGUGGGUGCAGUAAUUAUUCAUCUGACGUUAAUACAAAGUUACUGACAUGAUAAUGGUGCUUGCUUUUUGUUCUUAAGGUCAGUGACGUCAGGCCCAAGACAUUUAGGGGCCCAGGAUAAUAAUCAGCAUUUUGUUUGUUAGGACUUUGGGCCGAGCUGGGCCCUUAGUGAGUAGAAGCUGUAAUAAAACACCAAAACAUUCCCUUAAAACGCCGAAGCUGAUGAGUGCUUUGUCCUGUACCUUCCCCACAGGCCCCCAGGAAGUAAGGUCACUAGUUGGAAUUGGAAUGUCUUUAUGCCUCUUAAAGUAUUUCUGAAGGCCUGUGUUUAUUUCACUGUUCCCUGGUUUAUAUGCCACAUUAAUUAAUUACACAACACUAUUUCUGAAAGAAAGAAAGAAGUUUAAUUAUUUAACAAAGAAUAUCAAUCAAUAGGCCUAUUCGAUCAAUAUUACAGACAUUGCAGCCGAUCGA